AUGUCAUUGCUGAUUUGGGGCAUUCUCAUUGCUCUGGUAGCUGUUAUCUGGCUUGUCCAUACGUACUUCUUUUCUCCUCUGUCGCAUAUUCCAAACGCCAGUUUACUUGCGCCGAUAUCGCGCUUACUAUGGGAAUUCCCCACGGAAUAUCGAGGACAUCUGACUUUGGAGCUACCAAAACUACACAAGCGACUUGGUCCAAAUGAAGUAUCUUUCUACUCGCUCGAUAUUUACAAGCGCGUACAUGCGCCAGCCAGUAAAUAUGUCAAAGAUCCUCGAGUCUACAGCCAGUUCGUUCAAGAUGGACACCCGGCCCUUUUUUCGAUUACAGACCCAAAAGAACAUGCACAAAGGCGCCGGCAUAUGGGUAUUCUCUUCAAUCGAAGCAAAGUGCCCCUUCUCACGCAGAUGAUGGUAGAUGAGAUAUCGAGAUUUAAUAUCCUACUUGAGAAAUUAAGCCAAGGACCUUUCGACUUGAUUACUACCUGUCGAGCCCUUGAAGCAGACAUUGUUUCAAGAUUCGCGUUUGGAAGUUCUAUUGGGUCGAUCGACUCUUUGAUGGGAGGAAAAGAACUACAAAUUAUCAAAGAAAACGACCUAAAGUCAUCAAAAAUGUCACUGCACACCAACCUUCCCACUAUAAUGAGAAUAUAUGGUAGGAUUUGUGAAGUAACUUCUCGACUUACCGGCUGGGGUGGCCCAUCGACCUCAAGCAAAGAGUUUGAAGAUUGGGCAAUGGAGCAGCUGAAACUUGCAACAGACUCCGAAAAAGCACCCGAGGCGUCAUUUCUGAAGGUUCUGGCCGGGGAAAGAAUUUCCCCAGAGUCUGCCUUGUCAGAAGGCAAGGAGAUGUUAGGCCCUGGCACUGAUACAACCUCCGCCACGCUCGCUCAUAUACUGUGGGCACUGUCCCUCAACCAGUCUUUGCAAAAUGAUCUUGUUUCGGACUUGAAGGCUGCCAAUUGGACCACCGAUAUGACGGAACUCGAGUCAAUACCAAGACUGGCAGCUUGCGUGAAGGAGGGAAUUAGAUGGACUGGAGCGGCAUCAGCUAUGCUACCCAGAAUUGUACCGACGGGAGGAUCGUUGCUCUCUGGAAAGCAUAUUCCCGGUGGUACUAUGAUUUCCAGCUCGCCUAUCUGGUACCUGCACGAUGAGACUGCUUUCCCUGAGCCUUAUUAUUAUCGACCUGAUCGAUGGCUCGAGAAAGACAGUGAAGACUCGACUUCUUUGCGCAACGAUUAUUAUAUCCCGUUUUCCAAGGGUCCCAGUACCUGCAUUGGCAAUCACUUCGCAUAUUUGGAACUUUACUUAUCUGUCUCCCAGAUCUUGAAAAAGUAUCAUAUUCAACAAGUGAAAAAGUCCAACGAUGUUGAGGCAAUCCUUCCCCCACGACGAGAAUGGGUUGCUGCGGUUCCUAUCGGGAAAUUGCAGGUUGUUAUUUCAAAAAGGCUCUAG